UGAGCACCGUGACAGUUGGGUCCUUGUUUUUUAAUGUUUUUGCAGGACAUGAGCACCGUGACAGUUGGGUGCUUGUUAGGAUGUUCGAGUACUUAACAAUUAAAAACGCAUCACGCUUAUUUUCCCUCUUAACAGCUGAGCUACUUCGAAGAACACGGGCAUCUGCCCUUUAAAACGCUCUAAAAAUCACAGUAAUUAAGCAUCCACAAGUACGUGACGACGCGGGCAAAAUCUUUGACGCGAACAUGGGCGUGGUCACCGCGAACGACGCGGCGGCGGCCGCGCCGGGCAAGCUCCGGCGGCCGAGCAGGGCGGCGGCGGCGGCGCUGUGCCCCUGCAAGGGCCGCGGGGCGCCGAAGCCGCCGCCGGUGGCCGUGAUCGCGCACGAGUGCCCCAGCGCGAUGCGCGCCCUCGUCGUGGAGGUCCCCGCGGGGCGAGACGUGGUGUCGUGCGUCGCCGCAGUGGCGCGCCGCGCGCGGCGCGGCGCGCUGGUGCUGGGCGCGUCCGGGCGCGUCGCGGACGUGGUGCUCCGGGAGCCCGCGGCGGUGGUGCUCCGCGGCACCAUGGAGAUACUGGGCCUGGCGGGGUGCUUCUUCCCGUCCCCACCGCCGCAUGCGGCGGCAGAGGGCGCCCCCGGAGGCGGAGGCGCUUCCGCGGCGGUGUUCCUGGCCGGGCCGCGCGGCGGCGUGCUCGGCGGCGGCGUCGCGCCGGGAGGGCUCGUCGCCGCCGGGCCGGUGGUGGUGGUGCUGGCCACGUUCGUCGCGGCGGCGUUCGACCGGCUGCCGCUCCUGAAGGGGGAAGAGACCGCGAAUUCGGAAGGGUGCGACGUGCAUGGCGUCACCAGACGCCGGCGGUGCGGUGCUCAGCCGCCGCAGCAGCAGCAGCAGCGGUGCGGGUGGGCGCUGUGCCGGAAGCUGGGCGCGAAGAGCUAACCGGUGUCUAACGCAAUGGGCCGAGUGAGAUGCGGGCUAUGUGGCCCAGGAAAACUGGGCCUGUUUAGUUUUCUAGUUUGGGCCUAAUGUCGCUUACAUUACCUCGGUUGGCCAUUUGAAAUCAGAAGAGGAAAUAGCCAAAUAGGGGAGAAAACCACAAGAAUGUGAUACAAACUCAACAAAGGAUUGGCGAAACAUAUGAUAACAGUGAGAUGGGGUGUUUGAAAUCGUAGGCGGAAUCCGUAAAAGCUGGUAAAUAAGUAAACUUGAUGCUCUCACUUAAACUUGUGAUAAAAUUACGGUUACUUGGAGUUGCAUA